CUUAGGUUAAGAUCGUGGCAAACCUCCAAAACUGCAGCAAAUCGAACGAAGCAAAAUGGAUUCAACGCCUGAAGGUUUGGGUACUUCAACCCAUAGCUUCACCAAACUGGAAUUUUUCAGUAACAUAAAAAGUAUUUUGAAAGAUGACAUCUCAGUUAUUCAUGCGAGAACCCAAAAAUUUUUAUCCGACAAACAAGCUUUACCAUACUUUUUAUCAGAUGACGAUAAAAGGAUAAUAUCCGAUUUGGUGUCCAAACUGAGGACAAAAUGGAAUGCCAGUAAUAGAACAGAGGAGAAUUUUAAAAAGAAAAAUCAUGAUUGGUUGCAGAAAUCUGUUGAAUUAAAAAAAAAUGUAAAACGCACAGAUUUAGAAAAAACAGAAACUAAUGAAAAGCAGCCAAGGCAGAUCGGCCACAACUCAGUUGUGCAGAGUCCUCUGCACGAAGUAAACGCAGAAGAACAGAAGAUUUACCAGCGACAACAUCGACCGAAGAACUUCUUUAUUCUGUAACAAGUAAAUUGCGGUCUGAAGGAAAAACUGAUUCUGCAAAAGUGGUGCAUGAUAUUUCACAAGGGAGUCCUACUAAAGCUACGAAGUAUAUUAAAUCUGUGGACAUCGUAAACACUAAUCUACAUUUCACAAAUGACGAGGCUUUAUCGUCGUUCAUAGAACUUGGUUUAUCACAAAGUAAAUAUCAGCAGCUGCAUGAUGCUCAUUUGCAGAAAAAAUCAAAGAUGCUUCCAUCAUAUAAAAAGCUACGUACAGCAAAAUUACAAUGUUAUCCAGCUUCAGGUCUUACUAUCACUGCAAAUGAAGCUGAAGUGGAGUUAAAACCUUUAUUAGAUCACACAAUCGAACGUAUCAUUCAUUAUCAAAUGAAAGUUAUGAAAACAUUAUCAGAGAUUAAACUCGCAAAUUUAACUUUAAUUGGUAAGUGGGGCUGCGAUGGUAGUUCAGGACACAGUAAAUAUAAGCAAAGGGUCGAUGAAAAAAGUACUAGUGAUGAAAGUAUCUAUUUUACGUUUUAUGUCCCAUUGCAACUUGUACAUGUAGACACUGUCACGACCGAAACUACUGUAAUCUGGAAAAAUGUAAAACCAUCAUCACCAAGAUUUUGUAGGCCCAUCAAAAUUGAAUGUGCAAAAGAAUCAGUGGAUUUAACAAAAAAAAAACAA